GUGAGGAGCUGACAGGGACACAGGGACAGAAGGAAAGAGUUAGCAUAAGGAAGAGUUAAUACAAGACAUAGGGGAGAAGAAUCUAUAGGAGGGAAGAGCUAGGGAAGAGGAGAAGCAGGCUGAUUAGAAAGGCAUAAGGCAAGUGUAAUAAGAGGGAGGGAAAGAGAGGGGAAGAGAGAAUUCACAAAUUAACUUGCAGAGUAAAAGUGAGAACAGACGUAGUGACAGAGUGAAACGUGGGAAGCAAAGAGAGAAAGAGAGGGGGAAAUAAUUAAAUAGAUGGACUUAGUGUUUGCAUGAGCCAGCAACCUUAGCCAAGGCUGUGACACAGAGUCACACUAAGAGACUGUCAGCCAGAGCCAAGGACACAAACAGUUGCAGUUUGGGAAGAGUACUUGGCAGCUGGCUCACCACUGGAGUCCUGAGGCUGCUAUCAAGGACAAAACCGUGUCUCUGUAAGUGUGCCAAGGAGAAUAGAUUGUCUUCCAGCAUCUUUAAGGAAAAGGAGUCCCUGGAUUGAACAAGAGACUUGUGAACUAGCAGGGGUGUCCAAGAGCCCGCUCACAGGAGGCAAACCUCUGGACUGUGCCAGGUAGAGUACCUACACCCUCUUGUGCCAGGUACAGUACUUACACUCUCUAGCACAAUGCAGGAGACAGAACACAGACCCUUACUUGCCAUUGCCAUCCUUUGCUGCCUGGCCAUUCUUCCUUUCUUAGUGGAUGCCAAAGGCACGUAUUACCCACCGCCAGCCACAGGAAGAUUCAUUCACAACCUGUAUACCUCCGGCUCCCAGCCUCGGCUCUACGGCAAGCCUAUUGGGAAACACAGGAAUUUUUGCAUGUAUAUUGUAGAGAAGAAUGUGACCUGCACACAGCAGGAUGGAAUGGAACCAUAUAUCAAGGCCGAGUAUCUUACUUGUACCUGGGGACCCAAGUGUCAAGGCACAGUUGUGUAUAGGACGCUCUACAGGCCCAAGUACAAGAUUGGGUACAAGGUGGUGACUGAACUAGAGUGGCGUUGCUGCCCUGGACAUACUGGAGAUUCAUGCCAAGAUGGAUCCAUCCCUCACUCUGGUUUCCUGCCUCCCUACCAAGGACCUAAAGCUGGCCCAGCACACAGGCCUUUACCUCCACCCAAGAGCCCUCCAACAUAUAACCUGCAGCCAAAAAAUGGCUUUGGUCGGAAGAUGGCUACUAUAUUUGGAGAACGUAUGGACCGCGUGGAGGAAGAGGUCAGGCGGCUUUCUCAGUCAUAUGAAAGUUUGCAGGGAGUAGUUACCAGUUUGGGAGAUUCCCUACGCCUUUCUAUCCAAGAAGAUACAAACAAGAUGAUUGGUUCCCUUAUCAACAGUCCCAGUUCUGCCUCACAGUCUUCUGUGGAAUUUGGAGUGAUCCCUGAUGCACUUGCUGAAGCACCCCACAUCCCCGGAGACAUCUCUGGCAAGGUAGCUGAAGUAUCUGAUAUUUUGCGCACCAAGACUGAACUGCUGGAUGAGGUCAAUGGGAUGGUAAUGGGACAUGAAGCCCAACUGAAGCACCUGCUGGAUGCAGCAAAGCCAUCUGCCCUCACCUCCACUGAACUACUGGAUCAAUAUCUAGAGGGUAAAUUAGCUGAGUCCAGAGCGCAACUGCUGGAAGGAAUAGAGACACGUCUACAGAAUAUCCAGGGGGUAUGCGAUGUCAAGGUGCAAACAGUGAAGAAAGAAUGCAUAGAUGGGGAGCAGGCUGCAUCUUAUAGGAUUCAGCAGGAAAUGGAUGGAAAGGAAGUGGAGAUGAGAAAGGAGAUGUCCGCUCUGAAUGCCAAAGUGAUUGGGUUUAGUGCCCCUGAAGGUUGUUGUGGAAGAAUUGAUGGUCUUAUUAAACGUAUAGAAGAAUUAGAACGUAACAUGCGACAGCUUACUGAAGACCACCAUAGCCUGAGACAAAAAUUGGAUGUGGAGAUUGCACAAAUUAUGGUAGAACCUCAAGUUAAUAUGAGGUUGGAUGAUGUUGAAAGCAGACUGAACCUUACAGAGGAAGGCAUUAGGAGGUGCUGCCAGGAAGGAGGGGAUAAUGGCCAUUUCCUGGCUGAACUGGAUGGAGUAAAAGUCUCUGUAGAUGAUAAGAUGAGAGUUCUGGAGGAGAGGCUGAUAACUGCCGUAGGAGAGCUGGGCAAUGCCACAAUUCCACUGGAUGGGGCCGUGAUGCCAUUGCUUGAUGCUCAGAUCUCUGAGUUGCGUAGAGAGGGCAUGGAGGGCAUGUCAGUAAUUCAGACCCGGUUAACUGCUGUAGAGGAAUUGUGUGCUACUGGAUGCUCUGUGCCUGGUGGUGAGUCCAUCACUGACAUCCACAAUGAGAUUUUGCAAUGCCGUGAACAGGGUCAAGACCUUCGCACCCAAAUCGACCACCUGAACAACACUAUUCUGGGAAUUCAAAGGCAUCUUGAAAUUCAGAAGGAAGAGGCUUUGCAAGGAGAAAUUACUCUCCUACAGGUAAACCUGCGGAGUGUGGGAAGGUCCCUACACGGUCUAGAGGAGACAGUAAAUAAGUAUGCAGAUACUGUUGUCCAGAUAAACACCUCAGCAGAGGAAAGGGGAAGUCGUCUAAAUGAAGAGUUAGUUUCUGUGCAAGGCCAAGUGGUAGGACAAGGUUCACAGAUCCGUACAAGUCGAACACAACUUAUGGGUCUACGUGGGGACAUGGAGAGGAUUAAGGCUCGCCUUGCAGGGCAGAUGGGAACCUGCCAUGUCAUUGCUCGUGAUCUAAAAGGAGAGGUGUCUCAAGUUGAGCACAGGUUGAAGCAAGUGGAGGGCUCUUGCCAUGGCCAAGAAACAAGCCUCUUAAGCUACCUGGACCAUAUUAACAAUACUCUUGCCUCCCAUGAGCAUGACUUGGUUUCCCUCAGACAUGGAAAAAACUCAGUCAACCAGCAGGCACCAAGCUUGACAUUGCCACCUACCACUGCUGCCACACCAGGGAAAAAGUAGCUGCAAAGAACUAGGUGGACGUAACAUUCUUGAGUGCCUCAGGAAGAACUAUGGGGUUAGACACUAAUAUGCACCAGUGGGGAGCUGCACACAAGAUCGAACAUUAAGCAGCAAACAUACAUUGAUACUGUGGUUAGAAAUAUCAGACUGAGUGGACAACCAGACCUGCUGCGUGGGAGAAAGAAGAAGAGGAAGUGCUGUUUGGUGCUAGGGCAUUAUACAUCUAUAUAAAGGGGUAUUUCACAGCAGUGCCUUUAUCUAUAGACUCUCAUAUUGUGGUUCUCUGCCCCCUUAUUUAUCUAAAAGUAAACCGUAAUGCACGGUAUCUUGUUAGAACACUGUGCUGUAAUGAACUUGUUUUUCUUGGGGAGUACAAUGCCAAAGGAAACUCAGAUACAACAACACGUCUGGGGAAACAAAAGAGUGACGCCGGGACUGUGCCAGGACUGGCAUGCUGAAUAUUUGCAGAUAAUAGAUCAGUAUCAGCCCAUUCUGCAUUCCUAAAGUCUGUUAUUCUUAAUAUCAUAAAGACCAUGGAUGCCAAACUCAUAGUUCAACAGCUAAGCUAGAACUCCCAUCACCCUUAGCAACGUAUGGGUAGCCACAGGUCCAGCUAAUAAUUAGCAUUCAUCUGUAUGUCAUAACUAUCUGUGUAACACAGGUGCCCUCUGCUGGAAUAUGGGAUUAAACAGACAGUUGUAUGCCUAGGGGUGGCAGUUAGAUUAAUUAUUUAAUAGGGCAAAUGGGAAUCACACCUACGGCCUUCUCAUAACCUGGGCCAUGAACAAACCCUUUUUUAAACCUUUUUCUCUUUAAUUAUUUUUUUUACAGGAUUGUGCAAGAUCUGAAACAACAUUAAGCCAUUUUAUAAAAAUAAAAAAAGGAAAAGUAUACCCCCAAACAAUGUAGGUUUCUAUACAUUAAUAUUGCGUAAUACAGUUCAUAUGCAAACCCCAGCUUGAUGUAGAUCCAGCAUGAUCUUGCAGGCAGAAAAACAGUUCACGUUGAUUUCUGUGAAGAAAGCCAAAUGGAUUGCCAGUAGCUGGAAAUCACUCUUUCUUUACACGGAGAGUCUGAUAUUUAACCAGAAAGGUCACUUAGCAAAUGCAGAAGAUCUGAGUAGGUCACAAGAGAUAUCAGGUAAUGAACUUCGCUUGGUUAUCUGUAUGCUGGAGGUUGCAGUCCAAGCGACUGCAGGAAGGUCCCUCCACUAGAGCAACCAGGGCACAAUCCCUUAUAACUAAACCUUGGUUCUCUCAACGCUAUACAUUAAGCUUUUUUCUUUGUCAAAAGCAUCCCUGACCCAAAGAUGAACCGUGUGAAUACUUGAUGGCAUCUAAGCUGCACAUUCAUGAUACAUGGCUGUUACCAAAGUUCAGUUCUCUCCACAAAAAGCAAGUUUUGUUACUGUAGGAGGAUGCUAGGACUUGUUGUAGUUCAGCAAUAGCUGGGAAAUCAGGUGUUUUUGCUGGUGUGUAGCUGCUGACUUGAUACCAAAGGAUUGAGUGGGUUGGCCUGAAUUGAUGCCCUGGCAUCUACAAUUUUUUCACUGUUUCACAAAUUUCACGGGAAAUUCUCGAAACAUCGAAAAAUUUGUGGAACUCUCAUUUUGACGCCCGUGUAAAUUUUGAUGCCGGCGUUCAAGUCAAUGGGCGUCCGAACAAUGUUUUGAAGUGAGCGACUUUUCAGCCGCGCGGGGGGAAUUUUCGAUGCAGUUUUGCGAAUUUAUUCGCCGGCGGCAAAAAGUAGAAAUUUGCCGUGAAUUUGCGCCUCGCGAAUUUAUUCGCCCAUCACUAUUCAUAACCUCUCCUAUCUUCCAACUGUCAUUAUCCAUCUAGUUGCUAGGGUCAGGGGGAUCCUAAUGACCAAAUAAUAGUUUCAGUGUUAGACCUGGAGAGCACCUAGAAUGUUUGCAGUUUCAUAUAAUGGUAUGUACAGAAGGUAUCAAAUCCAUGGCUGAGAUGCAGUGCCCUUAGAAUAUUGCCAUUUGAAGUAGAAUGCUCUGGAUCACUCAGUCCCUUCAUUAGCAGGGACCCCACAACAUCACUCUACAUAAUCUCUCAGACUUGAACAUCCAACUAACACAGGAGCCAUUGGGUUUUAUUCUGUGGGUUACAUGAUUUUCUUAUCUCUUUUUUUUUUUUUUUUUACAAAAAUGAAUAUUUUUUGUUAAAAACAAUUUAAACAAAUUGUUGGGCUCUUUUUGUAUUAUUUGUUAAAUAUGUUUGCAUACGAAUUGUCUCUCUGGUUUUGAAAUAAAAAUGUCUUUAGUGAAACUAA